AUGGCUUUUGGGGAAAACAACGACUUUGGUCGAAAUUCGCAACGGCGAAAUGAUGAUCGCGGUGGAUCUUAUAACAAUAGACGAAAUGAGGAAGGUGGAGAACGACAAGAACGUGAGUUUAAUUGGAUGCGAAGACAUUUUAUUCUUCAAGUUUAGAAGUACAACAAUUUUUCUGAAAAAUAUGGUUCUUACAGGUUCUUUCAACAGCUCUCGUCAAAACGAUGAUGAUCGAGGUUAUCGAAAUCAAUCGGAUGAUCAACGAAGAUCAAGAAAUUACGAAGAGGGAAGAGAUCGUAAUUAUGUAGACCGCAGAGAACAUCGAGAAUUUUCAGGCAGAGAUAAUGGACAAGAUGGUUAGUUAAAUUUCUGUAAAAACUUUCUGUGUAAGUACUUAUAUAAAUAUUUAUUUAUUUUUCAGAUUAUCAAAAGGGAAAUUAUAAUCGCGAAGAUAAUAGCAGAGGUACUGGAUUCAGACAACCAACUGGAUUGUGAGUUUUUGUUUUCUUCAGAAUUAUAAUUAUUCUCAAAAAUUACAGCCCGGAAAAUACUCGCCAUAAUAAUCCGCGAGACGAUGGCCGUGAUAAUCAACAAAAAUCGAAUCAAAGAUAUGAUGAAUCACGUCAAUCGCAAAGGAACUUUGGAGAUCGAGAAGACGGAUAUCGAAGAUAUUCGGAUCAAGAUAAUGGAAGAAAUAAUGGAGGAUAUCAAGGAAGAAAUUCGGAUAGUGGAAAUCGAGAUAGACAACAACAAGAUAAUCGUGGAGGUUAUCAAGGUGGAAAUGGAUAUAAUCAAAGAGGAGGAAAUCAUGAAGAGUUUGGAAAUCGAAAUGGAUAUCAAGGUGGAAAUCGAAACGAUGAUCGAUUUGGAAAUCAAGAUAAUCGAAGAAACGAUGGGAGAAAUAAUGAUCGGAAUGAAUAUCCAGACAAUCGAAGAAAUUAUGACAGAGGAAAUGGACAUCAAGAUAAUGGAAGGUAUGAUAAUAGAGGAAAUGGAUAUCAAGAUAAUCGAAGAAAUGAUAAUCGAAGUGGUUCUGGAUACAAUAAUAGUCAAUCUGGCGGAUUCGAUAAUCGAGAUGGGGGAUUUCAAAGAAAUAAUGACAACGGAGGAUAUCGCAGAAAUGAUCAAGGUUAUCAAAAUGGUCGGAAUAAUGAAGGAUUCGGAAAUAGUGGAAAUGAUCGAUAUAACAAUAGAUCAAAUGAUGGUUUCCGUGGAUUUGGGGGACAAAGUGGUGGAUUCAAUAAUAGUGGAGGAUUUAGUAAGUUCACAAUUUCUAGAAUAAAUAUUUUUGAAAAAAAGGCUCAGUUGUUUUCUAAAUUAUCACCUCACACUAAAUAGAGGAAAACAAAAACACCUUCCUAAAAAUUUCGAGAAAUAAAAGUUAUUAUUUCCAGCUGAUAGUGGAAAUAGAGGCAGCUACAACAACGGCGGUGGCUCUGGUGGUUAUCCUGGAAGUGGCGGAGGAUUCCGAGGCGGCGAAGAGCAAAGAGAUAGAGCACCGCGUGAUUGGAUGCCACAACAUGAUGAAACUGAUGAUUUGUUCCGAAGAACUCAAGAGAUGGUACAAAAUUUGGAUAUCCAAGAAGAUCGAAAACUUGAAAUCAAAAACUCUGAUUUUGAUCAACAAUUAACUUCGUGGGAAAAUUCGGGAUUGAAUCCAUUAAUUCUUUCCAAUGUUAAACGACUUAAUUAUACGCAUCUUCGACCAAUUCAAGCGGCGGUUAUUCCACAAAUUAUGCGAGGUUAUGAUGUUUGUGGACAAGCUGAAACAAGUGGUGGAAAAACUGCUGCAUUUGGUUUGCCAGUUAUUCAUAAGAUUUUAGAAUAUCCACAAGCUGAAAGAGAUUCUGUUGGUAGAAGUUCGGCACCAUACUCGAUUAUUUUGGCACCAACAAGAGAAUUGGCGAAACAAAUUUAUGAUAAUUUGAUUAUGUUUUCAAAUGGAACAGAUGUUCAAAUUCGACUUGUUUAUGGUGAAAUGAAUAGAUGGGAAUGCUUGAGAAAAAUUCAAGAAGGUUGUCAUAUUUUGGUUGGAACUUGUGGAAGAGUUAUGGAUUAUAUUCAAAGAGGAGAAGUUACUUGUAAGAAUUUGCGAUUCUUUAUUCUUGACGAAGCUGAUCGAUUAUUGGAUGAUUUACAAAAAGGAAGUGGAACUCAUUUAUCAACAAUCAUGAAUGAUCAACAUUUUAUGGGAAGUCAUGAACAGCGACAAACUUUGUUGUUCUCAGCUACUUUCAAUCGUCAAGUUGAAAUGGCUGCCAGAGAUUUUAUGAAACGAUUACCAGGAUUUGAUGAGUUGGUUUUCAUCUAUUCUUUGAUAAAAAAUUUCUUGUUUUUUUUCAGCGUUGUUCGAAUUGUAAUUACACAAGGAAGAAUAAAUAAACGAGUUCAAUUGCAUUUUUUGAGAGCCAACAAUGUUGCUGAAAAAAAUGAUGAACUUGAUAAAUUAUUAAAACAAGUUGGCCCAAAUGGAAGAGUUCCACGAACUUUGAUUUUUGUUGAACAGAAAAAGCGAACAGAUUAUGUUGCAAUCGAAUUGUCGAAAUCUGGUGUUAAAGCACAAAGUAUCAACGGGUUGGUUUGAAAGAAUUAUUGAAAUUUUAAUAUUGUUUCAUAUAAUUUCAGUGACCGUCCACAAAACAUUCGCGAAAGCACUUUGAAUGAUUUCAAACGUGGAGUUAUCGAUGUUCUUGUUGGAACAGAUGUUUGUUCUCGCGGUCUUGAUAUUGCUGAUCUUGAUCGUGUCAUCAAUUUCGAUGUUCCAAAAGCAUCGGUUGAAUCAGCCACCGAUACAUUUAUUCAUCGAGUCGGUCGAACUGGUCGAUUAAAGGAAGGACAUGCUUAUACAUUUGUCAAUUUAAGUGAACAAAAUGAUACUGCUUUGAUUCCUUCGUUUAUCGAAUUGAUGACAAAUAUGGGAAGAGAGCAACAAAUACCAGAUUGGAUGAAAAAUUAUCGUAGUGGUUGUGGCGGAGGAGGAUAUGGAGGAGGUGUAUCUUCAGGUAUUACACUUUUUAUAAAAACAUGAAUAAAAAUGAAAUAUAAUUAUUUCAGGAUCCUUCAAUCCGGGAGGUUUCGGAGGUUAUGGUGGCUAUUCAUCUUCAUCAAAUCCAACUGGUGGUAGUUCAGGAUUCCAGCCGUCUAGCUUCACUGCUCCACCUUCAAGCUCAUUUGGAGCUAGUGGAUUUGGUAAUAAUCCGAUGCCGAAAAAGGAAGAAGGUAUAAUUUUUUUUCUAGAAUUUGCAAUUGUAUAUUUUUGUUAUUUCAGAAAACUCUGAAGCCAAAGCUGAAAAUGAGGAGAAGAAGGAAACUGUUGAGGAAGAAGACGAUGAGUGGUAA